AUGGCGUUUCGAGGACUUCCACAAACCAACGUUCGUGCGGCACAACGCAGUCCAGAUUCAGAUGACGAUUCACCUGUUUUCAAGAAGCCCAAGCUUCCUGUCAAACCAUUUCGACUUUUGGAUCUUCCCAUUUUGAUUCGAGAAAAAGCAAUGCGUUUGAUAGCUCCGAUAGAUUUAUUCGAUCUAUCCUUGUGCUCUCGUCGUAUGACUAAGUACGUCAAAAGUCUUCGUUUGGAAGCAGAGCAACAUAAAAUAAUAAUGACGAAACAUCAAAUUAUGAUAAGUGUAAAUUUUCCGGGUAGAGAAGUCAUUUGGUGGGACUUCAAGCCGUUUCAUGCUCGACGUAUUGCUAAUCAGAUACGCAGAAUUGGAAACGUUGUGUUCACACAGAGCGAACGGGUGUCUGACGGAACGCUGAACACUGGAGAAUUCUACUGUCAGUAUGCUGACUAUGAAAAGGGAGUUGCUGCCGUCUCGGAACAAUUUCAGAAAAUCUUCCCUGGUCCAAAAAGCAUCAUCAUCAAUCCAUUCUCUUUCCCCGAACUCAAAACUUUGUUUUCUCAUGAACAUAUGCAAUCAUUGAAUAAUUUGGAUAUUUGUGGAUUUGAGCAACCGUCUAUUAAGAUGAUGGAAGAGAUUUUUGGAAAAGUGACUCUCAAGGAAAGAUUGUCGAUCAAACCAGUCACGGAGGGAGAUUAUGUCAUUCAGCAGGCGUUCCAAGUCCAAUCCUUCCUGGAACUACGGUGCGCAUAUUGGAUGUCUCGUGAACACCUUCUCCAGAUUAAUUGCCGUGUCGUUGAGAUCUAUGACAAUAAGUUUAUAUCAGAAGACAUUGAAGCAUUCGCUGCAAAAUGGAAAGAGGACACAUCAAAGCAAUGGGAAAAGUUCUUGUUCCGUUGGGAUUCCGGCCGCCCGUUUUGUUUUUACAAUUUGGAUGCGGAAGCUUGGGAUGAAACUAAACGAGAGUCUCAUUUCAUCUAUAAAACCAAUCAAGAAACUCGACGAAUUGAUUGCUCAGAUGGGUUCGAUAUGGAAAGAGAGGAUGGAUUAUUGGCGACUUUUGUUCUCGAACAAAGAGAUGAACACCAAUUUUUGCACUUUUUAGUUUUCAAAGAACGGUUUCCGGAGAAGAAACGGAUUGCUGAAUUACCAUCGAAACUUGCUCCAUUCUAUACACAGUUAGAGAAAAUCAAUAGAGAAUAUCAUGACAAUGUUGCCUUGGAGAGAUUACUGUGUAAUCGAAAUUUGAAUCAUGAGGAGUUUUCGGAAACUUAUCAAGUCUGGAAGAAUAUGUUUUUGGAACAAGGAAGAGUGAAUACACAGGGACAACUGUUGAGACAAGAAGUCUUCGAGAAGAUGAGAGCAAUCAUUGAAGCUUGA